AUGGAAUUAGACGACGUAUUCGACAGGCGUCGUCUUCAAGACCUCUACACGACGCUGCCCACGCGAGAUGGCACCCCGUACGACCACACCCCUCCCGUCAUCCCCCACAAUCACCUCUCCCAUGCACCCAGGAAUGAACACCCUCUACCGCACGGUCACCACCUUGCCUUCUUCCAUCCCCGCAUUGCAGAACCUCUGCUGAGACCAGACGGUACUGAUUCGACAUUCUGUCCGCCUGAGCCGUUCGUGCGCCGGAUGUGGGCUGGUGGUCGGAUGGAAUGGCUCAUCCCGAUGAAGAUAGGGAUGGAAGCCAGAGCGAGCAAUGAGAUCGCUGCCGUCGAGAAGAAAGGGUUUGGUGCGGAGGGGAAGGAUAAGGCGCCCAUGGUGUUUGUCACACAGCGCAUCGAAAUGAAAGAUUGCGGGGAGACGGCGAAGUCUACAGACCCUUAUAUCGUCGAGGAACGCACGCAUGUGUACCUUCCGCUCGGGUUUGAGACGAGGAGAGCUGUACGCAAACACGAGGUGCCCUCCAAGUCGGAUUUCAGCUUCACUUACACGCCCACUUUGACGACGCUCUUCCGCUUCUCGGCUCUGACGUUCAACGCUCACCAGAUACAUUUGGACAAAGACUACGCGCAGAAGUCCGAAGGGUACCCAGAACGUCUAGUCCAUGCGCCGCUCACCGCUCUCAUGAUGCUAGAAACCCUCGCAUUCCACAAGCCAGACAUCCGCAUGAAGUCGUUCGAGUACCGCGCAGUCAACCCCAUCAUCAUCAACCGACCCUGUACAAUCAAGGGUGUAUGGUCCGGCACUGACACCGCGCGGCUGUGGGCGGAGGAUCCAGAUGGCGUUGUGGGCAUGACGGGGAGCGUCGUUUUCACCUCCCAGUAG